AUGAAAGUAGAGGAAUAUAGACACCAAGUUGGGGGGCACUGUAAACUGAUAAAACCGAAAGACUCAUCGAAAGUGUACAAACCGCUCAUAGAGAAUGAAUACAUUUUCUACGAAAAAUUAGCGAACUUUGGAGCGUCCUCUGCAGAGUCGGGGCCCUUGCACAUUUUGAAAAAAUUCAUCCCCAAGUUUUAUGGAGUGACUGAAAUCGUCGUUGAGUAUUCCUCGUCGUCUGAGAUGGAGGACAACUUAGUUAGAAAACAGAAAAGGAGAAAUGAACCGAAUAGCAGUAAGGGUCGGAAAUAUUUCAGCUUGGAGGAGCGGGAUAAGAAAGACAAAUUGGAUGAACAACCGUCAAACGAACCAACCAGCCAACGGACCGAUCAAUCGGCAAAAGAACCGUCAAGAGAACCGUCAAGAGAACCGUCAAAAGAACCGUCCGAAGAAUUGCCAAAGGAAUCCCCACAGGGUGAGACCGAAGGAGAAAAGGACACGAAAAGUGACAAGAGCGCCAAGGGGAAGAAGCGAAAGAAAUGCAUCCCACACAUCGUCUUGGAAGAUCUCGUGUACGGAUUUAAGCGACCAUGUGUGCUAGACAUCAAAAUGGGCAAAAGACAAAGAAAAAUAGGUGCAUCCUUAGAAAAAAGAAAGAGACAAGUAGAAAAGAGCUUCAAAACAACUAGCCAUUCUCUUGGAUUUAGAUUAUGCGGUUGCCAACUUUACAAUAAAACAAGUGACAAAUUAUUUUAUAAGGAUAAAUAUUGGGGUAGAAAUUUAACAAAGGAAAAUAUCCCAUGGGCAAUUCGAAAUUGGUUUUGGAAUGGUUCCUUACUAUACGAAGAAUUGAUUCCUUUACUGUUGGAAAAAUUACAUCGAUUUUUUAACUGCAUAAUGGAGUUACGACAUUACCGCUUUUGGUCUUCUUCCCUUCUCUGGGUUUUUGAUGGUGGACUAAAUGAUCAAAAAGCGAGAUCAAAUUCUCUGGACAUACGAAUGAUAGAUUUUGCCAAUACCAUUUAUUUACAAGAUAACCCAUCUGUGGAUGAUGAAUAUAUCUUUGGUCUUAAAAAUUUAAUUCAUUCCAUGCAGAUCCUUAACAACACCAUUCAAGGGAUGAAUUUCUUGCCCCAAGAAAUUAGUACUUGUUUUUAUUCUGAAAAUUAUAAACUAAUUGAAAAUUCCCAUCGUCCCAUUUUUAAGAAAUCCAAGUCAGCCAUUUUGGAAGAGAACUUAAGAAAAAAAAAAAAAAAAAAAAAAAAUGUGUACAUAAAUUUUGAGUUCUUAAAAAAUGCCAAAACGAGGCGGAAAAGUAGUAACGUUUAUUCGAGUAAUAUGACAGGUGCCUUGGCAACCCAGUUAGCAGCUGGAUCUCCAAAAGGGACAAGUGAUGACGGAUUAUCAUUUCAAUAUCUUAACAAAUUUAUAGGGAAUAAUAAAAAAGAAAAAAUCUGGAAUCAAGCGCAGUACUUUAGUAAUUCCGACUCUCCCAUCGGUAACCACAUGAGCCUCUCCCCGUAUAGCACUCCAGUGGGAACAUUUAUCAAUAAGGAGGUAUGCAUCAGUGGUUGGCUAGAUGAGUCGCUUCCUAGGAAUGUUACACAUGGACCUGGGGUAAGUCCCGAUUUGAAUAUCCCCCUCAUACCUCCUACCAGCGUUGACGACAAGAAUGAUGGCUCGGUUUCAGCCGAACACUCACAUGGAAGCGAUAUCCAAGAAAAGGCAAAUAUAACCACUUUUAACGAAAGUGAGAAGGGGCCCAUGGAAAAUGAGCUACUAGCUCUGGAGGCACAUCAAAUAGAUGAUCACCGAAGGAGUGACCACCACUCGGGAAUGCCAUCGAAGGAAGACGAAUCCGUUUCACCAAUAAAUUUGAUUCAAGAUCCUAAAGGAGUGCACCUCGAUGAUGAAGAUGAACUUGUAGACAUGCCGAAAAAAACAAUUACCAUCAUUAAACAUAAUGAGAGAUCAGAACAAAUGUCAACAAAUAACUCCAUCGAUGAAAGAAGAAACGUACGAUUUGAGGGGAAGAAUUUUGCUCAUGGUCAUUUCAUCACGGCUAUGCAUGAAACUGAUGGGAGGAAUCGCCACUCGGAAGAAAACGCCAUCGAGAAGGAAGAGGUACAAACAAAUUUCUCCUUCAAAAAUAAAAAUCGCUAUCCCGUAAAUCAUUCCGAAGAAGAAACAUGUGGAGUAACCGAAAAGGGAGAAAUUCCGCAGAGUGAGAAUUACCAAAAGUGUGUGAACAAAUCAGGUGAAAAACAGAUUAUUGAUGACAAACAAUCGCGCGACAAUGCCCUGCUGUUUCAAACUCGUGAAAACGUUUCUUUCAUGUCGGCAGAGGGAGAUUUAUUUGGAGAGGACAACUCAAACGACAGAAACGAAAGCAAUGCAUAUGAACAAGUUAUACAGGAAGUUAUAGUAAAGACUUUAAAAGUCGCAUCCAGGGGUAGGGAUAAUUUUUCAUCCGUCAACAUUGCGAACAAAAUUCCUGUUGAUAGGAACUACAAGAAUAGGAUAGAAGAUGAAAGAAAAAACGGUGGAUACCGCAAAGAAGGUGAGCCAAGGAGACAUGAAAAUGCUUUUACAAAUUUUUAUGAGUCAGAGGGAAAAGAUCCACCUUACAAGCACGAGUAUAUUUUGUCAAAUGAAGGGAAUAGAAAUGAAGUCGCAGAGAAUGGGGAUGAAGGGAGCGAUCGGAAGGUAAGCGACGCCGAAGUGGAGAAAAAGGAGGAAAACAGGAGGAGCGCCAAACAAGACUUGGGCAACAAAGGAUCAUACGCGGAGAAGUACACACAGCAGUACGCGGAGCAGUACACGCAGGGGGGUUUAAACCAGGGCAUGCUGAAAAAAAGGGAACAUCGUAUUAGAAGUGCACUUGGGCCGAAACUCCGAAACGAUUCGUUGGUGAGAGAAACAAAAUGGAAUCUUCUAAUUAGAAACGUAAACCUAAAAGUAUUCAUCAAUCAUAUGAUUAAGAAAGAAAUUGAGGGAAAAAAGAACACACAGGAGUAUCCUUACCUUUUCGUUAAGAAUAGAAACGAAACGGACCCUCGAGCUUUGCACAUGGAGAACAGACCGAGCAAAAUCGGUGGACUCAACCGAAUCAGCAGAGACAGUAGAGCGAGGGGCGGUGUGCCCCCCAUACAUAACCCCUAUGUCUUCGAAAAGAGCCUCAGUUAUAGUUACAGUCAUCGUAUCGCCCACAGUUUCCCCCAGAACCGCAACUACAGUUAUAGCUCCGACUCUGGUCUCAUUUACAACAGAAACCUGCAAGGCGGGCACCUGAUGAAAAUGCUAAAGAAGGAAGGUAGAAUUACGAGCAAGAGGUGCAGCUCCUGCACGGAUAUACCCCUGAGAAUAAAAAAAGGGAAAAAAUCACAGAAAAAAAAAAAAUAUAUAAAAAAAAAACUUUUUAAAAAAAUUAACAUCCUAUCGGGAGUUAAAAAUAACAGAGUCAAAUCACCCCAAAAAAUAAUUUUUUCUAAUUAUGCCGUUCCUAAUCAACAUUCUGUGACCCCCCCAAUAGAGUACACACCAAGGAGCGAUUCCAUUUGCAGAAUUACACACAGUUUUGACAUCUUCACCCCCGAGUAUAGGAGAAACCGAUACGUUCACUCCGUCAUCAGCCAGAGGUACAACACAGACAUGGACAGCACCACAAAUAAUCAAACAGGCAAUAUCCCAUUUAGGGAAAAGAACCUGAUACUACCCCUGACAGAUACGAAUUCUAAUGAGAAAUACCUUCGAAGGUCCAUGUCCGAACCGAACUUAUACAAAUUUGGCUACUUUAGAUGCAUCCUUAACGACCUUAAUGACACCAAAAUUAAUUACAACAGUUUAGUUGCAAAUAGGUUAGAUAAAAUGAUGAAGGUUCCAAUUUACAACCAAAUAUAUGGAUUUACUUCCAACUCCAGCGACCUGGAUUCGUCGGAUACGUCAUGGGGCUACUAA